CCAACGGGCAUUCUCAGUCCCACAGUCCUACCACUGCCCACCAUAGCCAUGGCAUUCAAUGGUACCUGGAAAGUUGAACGCAACGAGAACUAUGACAAGUUCAUGGAGCAGAUGGGCAUCAAUGUGAUGAAGAGGAAGUUGGCUGAACAUGACAACCUGAAGGUUAUCAUCGAGCAGACAGGAGACAAGUUCCACAUCAAGGAAUCCAGCACCUUCCGUACCAAAGACAUUGACUUCACCCUGGGCGUCCAGUUUGACUAUGCACUGGCCGACGGCACCGAAGUCUCAGGUGCCUGGGAGAUGGAGGGAGACGUGUUGAAGGGUAGAUUCACCAGGAAAGACAACAGCAAGGUGCUGACCACCACUCGGGCCCUGGUGGGAGGAGAGCUAGUGCAGAGCUACAACUACGACGGGGUGGAUGCCAAGAGGAUUUUCAAGAAGGCUUAAAGGGAUUCAUGGCGAAAUUCUAUCUCACAAAUCAUUGUAAUGAUCAUCAUAACAUUAUGUUUUGUCUAACCUUGAGAAUAUGUGGCAAGACUUUGGCUCAGGUGCCAAAUGUAAAGUUUAAGUCAACAUUUGCAGUGCCUUCCCCUCGUUCUCUAAACCCACAUACCUCCAAGAAUUCCUUACUUUUAUUGUCCUGCGUAAAACAAAUCAGGAUUCUGCCUCUACUGCCAUUCAUUCUAAUUAGACUGGUUUGGUUUUCUACCUAACCAAUAUGGCUGCCAUUUUCAGCCCAUUGUGGAACUUUUGAGGGUUUAUGACAUCCCCUCUAGUCAUUUUAUAGAAUUGACAUAGUGUGGACCACCAAGACCUUCCAAAUAUUCAUAAAGCAAGGAACGUCAUGUUGGCUGAUCUUCUUCCAGAGUGACUACAAUCUUUGAACAAUCAAGAUAAAACUCGCCACUGAAAUCCAAAAAAGAGAGAACUGUCAUAUUUGGUGUACAUUUUACUGCUCUCCUUUUAUACUCAACAUUUUGAUAAUUGGUCUUGCAAAAUAAAAAAAUACUUUCAUGUUCCAGUGAA